CUCACUGCACCUUCAAACGCAUCCAAAUAUCCCUCCCCCGCGAUUGACUACUCAAAGAUUUCGCUCCCAGAUACGCAGCCAUGGCUUCUACAUCGACGAAGGCAGAUGCCACAAAAUCAAUUAUGAAGCCGGUAACGACUUUGAAGAUUCAUGAACAGGACUCCGAUAUUUCAUCCAUAUCCUACUUUCCUGACGGUGAGCGAAUGAUCAGCGGCGGAAUUCGGGAUGGGACCGCUUGGCAAUGGGAUCUGAAGGCGGGUAGGGAGAUUGAGAAAGCGCGGGAUGUUUGGAACAAGGAGUUGGAGGUAUGGGUUGUUGCAGUAUCAAGGGAUGGUCGAUGGGUUGUGACUGCAGGUGGAGAUGACGAGACCGGGGAACUGAAAGCCUGUGAAGUUGAGACGGGGAUUGUGAAAAAAUUCGAAGGCCACUCAGAGACGAUCACCUGCAUUGAUAUCUCCGCCGACAGCACACUGCUGGCGAGUGGGGCCUGUGAUUUCACAGUACGGAUAUGGAACUUGGACAGCGGCCAACUCGUAGCCGGUCCUUUUGACAUCGUUGAUUGGCCGGGCGCAAUUGCAUUCUCAACGGAUUUGAAGAAGCUCGCAAUCAAGUGUGAUGUAGGAAAGUGCCUUGAGGUUUGGGAUAUCCAAAAACAGAAAUUGGAUGCCAGGAUAGGGACAAGGGAUGAUAACCAUGGAACAGGAUACAGGAAUCCACCAAUUUUCUGGACAAACAAAAACAAGAAUAUCUUGGCCGCUUUCACCUUCGAGGACGAGGACCAUGCCACGACGAUCUAUGAGUUUGACGCAUCAACGCUGGAGACUGUCGGAACUCCCUUCGAAGGGCACACCGACCGUGUCACUGGUCUAGCACUUUCAUCCGACUGCACUCUCCUUGCCAGCUCUUCAGACGACAACACCGUCAAGCUCUGGGCCUUUGAGUCCAGCCAACUCCUCGCUUCCUUCGACGGUCAACAUCCCCAUGCCCUUGUCCUCUCACCCGACUCGCGCCAACUAGCCUACGUGACAUCCAGGGACUUGGGCCGACCUACUUACCCGAGGUACAUUGACCACGAGAUCCACAUAUGCGACAUUCCACCCAAUGUCCUUGCUCAGGCCCAUACAAGUCCAAACAAAAAGUCAACCCUCAAUGAUAUGCUAAAAUCUGAUGCAACUCGUCGUCGUCUUGCUGUGCGCCGCAGACCACCAAUACCUGCCAUACCUAUGUCGCAGGGGCCACCGCCUACAAUCAACCCGCAUCAACCCAUUUUCCUUCGCCUCCGCAAACUUUCUCCCUUUCCUUCUCGCACGAAUGCAGUUCCGGCUGUUCAGAACAAUCAGACUCGGGGUCCUCUAGAUUUCCCUGCUACGUCGCCCUUACCAUCAAACCUUGCUCUCUCGGUGCAGCCCGCAGUCCAGUUUGAUCAUUUCGAAAUAAGUUCUCCGCCUCCCCCCUCGAACGGAGUCGCACAAUUUAUGCGGGAGCACCUUUCUUUCCUCGUACCAAGGCGUAUCAAUGGGCCGCCGGUUGUUGAUGUUGCGGCCGGGCGGAAGUUCACUCGGCUUGCUGCUGCCAAUCUUCCGGAGUACAAGAAGGUAGACGACACCCGGCAUCCGCCUAGCCAGCAGCCCGCCGCGCAGCAGGAUACCGAGUCAUCUGAUACUGAUUCCCUUCCAGACGUGCAUUGGUGCAAGGCAUUCCUUUGCUACUAUUCAUGCUGGUCUCAUGGUAGACUGAGGAUGCCUCCUCGAUGGCGCUUGGAACGCGUCGACGUACCCCGCCAGAAUGGUACAGCAAAUAGUGGCCUGGGUGGUAGUGCUCGUGGUCGUACUUAGCUCUGUUCACAUCUACUGUCAUUUGAUUCAAUGUACCUUGUUUCAUACUUCUACAUCCAAAAUAGUGGCUUCGCUCAGUUUCGUUGCUUUUAUUUAUUCGAGUACUAACUACACCUGUCUCGUCACUAGAUAGACACGCAGCAAAUGACUCGUUCGCACACCACAAGUCCCAUCGUUAUGGUGUGUCUGUGCCACGGAACUCUAUUUUUUGCAAAAUUCUAAUCGCAUCGGGGCUGCUGAUGAUCAUGGGAAGGAAAUGUCGAUGUUUGGGGUUGCUGUGCCCUG